CUUUCUCAUUUCUUCCCGUUGCUACUCUCUCCUCACGCUCUUCACUUCUCCACUCUAACCUAUGAUUUUUCUCUCUACCUCCACCGCCUGCCCAGCCGCCGACAGACCCACAAAGCCUGCCCAGCUCCGACCCACCCCUUCACUAAGGAGGAGAGUUCUGUUCGUCGACUUCACCGACGCAGGGAAAGGGCUUUCCAACGGUACCAAUCGAAACCAAUUUCAGAAACAAAGAAGGUACAAUGGCUCCAUACAAAGACAAGCCUCCGGCAGUUCGCGUCUAUACAGUUUGCGACGAAUCCAGGUAUCUGAUUGUGAGGAACGUUCCAGCAUUAGGUUGUGGAGAUGACUUGUUCAAAUUGUUCUCCUCCUAUGGAGAUGUUGAAGAGUGUAAGCCAAUGGAUGCAGAGGACUGUGAACCUUUCACUGAUGUUUACUGGAUCAAAUUUCACCUGGUCAGCAAUGCCAGGUUUGCAAAGAAAAAAUUGGACGAGUUUGUUUUCCUUGGGAAUCGGCUGCAGGUUUCAUAUGCACCUCAAUUUGAGAGUCUCUCUGACACAAAGGAUAAGCUAGAAGGGAGGAGAAGGGAGGUCCUAGCACGAUUAAAUCCCGCAAGAUCCAAAGGGCCUCCUGGUUCUAUCCCAGGUGUUUCAACUGAGGCUUCACUAGUCGCAACUCCAUCAGAGAUCAACUACCUUCCAAAUUCCUCACAAAUGAACUGCAUUUCCCAACAGUUAAAUUCUAACCCAAGGAGCUCUAGGGAGUUAGUUAAUAAACCUCCAAUCACUCAAGUUUCCUCUGACAAGGAUUAUUUUGAAUCUCAAUCAAUGAAUCAGACAGUUAGGUUGGUAAGGGAGAAGUUCAAUAAGAUUCAAUCAAGUAGUGAGCAUCUACAAGCUGAGCCUGCAUCAAAGAAACCUCGAGUAGACAAUAGAAGAAGAAUCUAACAGAUUGUGAAAGAUGAAGAGAGCUGAGUUGAUUCUACAAGGUGUUUUUUCAUCUCACCUAAACCUCCUACAUGUGCACACUUGUAAGCUACAUCCAUCAAAUUUUGAUAAUGUAUAUGCUAUGUCCUCAUUUCUUUUUCUCUUUCUUUUUCUUUUUUCCUUUUCUGUAUGCGUAUCAUGUAAUCCUUAAAUUCUUCAUAAGAACAAUAUUCAACAUUGUAAAAAUUUUGUGAUAUGUAGAUUACACAGUUUUGCGUAAUUGAGUCCAAAGAGAUCAUGUAUUGGUUACAAUAUAUUUUUAUGGAAAAUGAAGAGGAAUUUCCUAUU